AUGGGACAGAAAGGUAGUAAAGUACACAUAACCAAAACGGAUAGGGCAAUCCUAGAAGUGAAAAGGUCUAAGGAUGAAAUCCAUAAAUUUACGAGAAGGACAGAUAGUCUAAUUUUGGUAGAAAAGGGCCAACUGAGGGAUUUAAUACGAAAGAAUCCCAAAAGUUACAAAUCUAAUAUGAGAGUACGGUUCUUACUGAAAAGAAUUCAUUAUCAAGAACAUCUGUUACAACAGGCUUCAGAUCAGCUCAUAAAUUUAGAAAACAUGGUAUCAACACUUGAAUUCAAAAUGGUGGAAAAACAAUUCAUCAAUGGUUUGAAAAAUGGGAAUGAAAUUUUGAAAAAAUUGAACAAAGAGUUUGGUAAUGUCAAUGAACUAAUGGACGAUGUUCAUGACCAAAUUGCGUACCAAAAUGAAAUUAAUGAGACAUUAUCUAGAAGUGUUAUCGGAACGGAAGAUUACGAAGACGAGCUAGAUAAAGAACUAGAUGCCCUAGAAAAUGAAAUCAAUCCGAAAAAGCAAAAUAAUGUAGAAGAAGUAGAUAUGCCGUCAACAGAAGGUUUGUCAUCAUUACCUCAAAGAGAGCAAACCGGCCAGAAAGAAAAAGGAAAAUUAAUACCAGAGAAAGAGGGGGACACUGAGGAACCUGUAGCAUUAUUAUCCUAA